AUGACACAUAAUGGAUAUGCUGGGACACUUACAAUGGACCUCAAUAGGCUAUUGAAGGUCUUCCCGGGCAUAGCGUUAACAUGGGUGUGCUUCCUGGUAGCAACGUGCUGUGUUAAGCUGACCGAUGCACGGAUAGGCUACUUCUGGCACAUAACGGAUUUACAUCUGGAUACGUACUACACGACCAAGGGCGAUAUCUUUCGCAGUUGCUGGCUUAACGAACAUCACUCGAACACGGCCAGCGCCAAGCGGCCGGGCCCGUACGGAGAUUACAUGUGCGACAGCCCAUGGAGCCUGCUGGAAUCCGCCACGCAAGCCAUGAAAUCCAAGCAAGGUGAUAACGUCGAGUUCGUCCUCUGGACCGGCGACGGACUGUCCCAUUCUGCCAAGCGUAUGCACGAAACCAAGCGGCUGGACGUGCUGCGUAACAUCACGGAGCUGAUGAGCCGCACGUUUCCGACGCAGUUCGUGUUUCCGGUGCUUGGCCACGAGGACGGCAGUGCCAACUUCGAGCAGCUCAGCGACCUCUGGCGCCACUGGUUGCCACUCGAGGCGCUCCAAACGUUCGAGAAAGGUGGCUACUACACGAUCGAGCAGACAAAGAGCCGGCUGCGGAUCAUAGCUUUAAACACGAACUACAUGCGGCAUGACGCGAAGUACUCGCAGUCGCACUCGUCGGCGGUGAAGCAGCGCCCGGACGGCUCCUACCAUUAUCCGGCCGGGGGCCACUACGGUCACCAUCACAUGGGCGAUCACUAUCACGCCCGCGAACCUGGGUCGUCCGGGUAUCUGUACAGCGACCGGCGGAAUGGCGGAUACAGUAGCAGCAGUAGUACGGCGGACGGUGGCGCCGGUGGCCACGCCAGUGCAUUAUCGGGAUCAAGCUCCCACGAGUCGGACAAGCAGUGGGAGUGGCUGGAGGAGGUUCUAGCGAAGUCGAGUAGAAAUAAGGAAACUGUAUAUAUCGUAGGACACAUACCACCAGGCUCGGAUGAGCGCCACGUUGGCCACACGAUGCCGUACGGGCACACCAGCUUCACCGAGAAGAACAACGUGCGCUACCUGCGGCUGGUGAAGCGGUACUCAUCGAUCAUUCAGGGACAGUUCUUCGGGCAUCUGCAUUCGGACUCGUUCCGAGUGGUUUAUAAUGAAGUUGGCAAACCCGUCUCCUGGAUGAUGAUCGCCCCAUCGAUAAGCCCCCGGAGAAGCAGCGAGUCCAACAAUCCCGCCAUGCGGUUGUACAAAUUCGACAUCGAUACAGGGCAGGUCUUAGACUACACGCAGUACUACCUAGAUUUAGAGCAAGCCAACAAGGUGGAGGAAGCCGUCUGGCAGCCCGAGUACAACCUCACCACCUACUAUUACGGGCUCAGCGAGGUGUCGUCGGUGGCCCUACACAACCUGGCCGAUCGGUUCAACAACGCAGACGACGCGCAGUUUAUGAAAUACUACAGAGCGAACUCCGUGCGCCAUGCAACAAAAACCUGCGAGGGAGUUUGCCUGCUCAAUCACUACUGUGCCAUAACCCGGGUCGACUACCGCGAGUUCCACAGCUGUCUGGAGGCGGCAGCAAAAGCACUCGCAUCGAAGAAUGGCGCCCUCGGUGGAUUAACCCUAGGGUCGGCCUUAUUCUUGGCCAAGGCGCUGUUUGCUGCCGUCACGUCAGCCUCGCUGACGCUUCUGCUGCUGUACGACUUCUUGUUCUUGCCAAACCUGGGCGCAGGUUCCGCAAACCUUUCACCGGCCCAAGCCGCUGGCCGUAAAAAGGGCUCUCUGCCGGCCGCCACACCCGAGGAAUGUCAUCUCCAUUCGGCCACCGGCUACGAAGUCGACUACCGGCAAUCCUACGGUGGCAAUCAAACACCAGGCGUCUCCAUGACUCGACCGGGUAACGGAACCGGCAUGUAUGCCAAUGGGACGCACCAUUCGACGCACCAUGCUUGCACCAAGCGAAUCAACGCGUUCUGGUGA